CGGAGCGGGGUCGCGGGCCGCCAUGGCGCAGCAGCGGGUGCUGCCGCAAAGCAAGGAGACCCUGCUGCAGUCCUACAACAAGCGCCUCAAGGACGAUGUCAAGUCUAUCAUGGAUAACUUCACCGAAAUCAUCAAGACGGCUAAGAUUGAGGAUGAAACUCAAGUCUCUCGAGCAACCCAGGGUGAACAAGAUAACUAUGAGAUGCAUGUCAGAGCUGCAAACAUUGUCCGAGCUGGUGAGUCCCUGAUGAAACUUGUGUCUGACCUGAAGCAGUUCUUGAUCCUCAAUGAUUUCCCCUCUGUGAAUGAAGCUAUCAACCAGCGCAACCAGCAGCUGAGAAGCUUGCAGGAGGAAUGCGACAAGAAGUUGAUUGCACUACGAGAUGAGAUCUCCAUUGACCUGUACGAGCUAGAAGAAGAAUAUUACUCUUCCAGGCUUCUGUCUGAGUAUCCUUCUGGAGGAGCCUCUGUCUCUCUCCUUGGAGAGACUAGCUUGCUGAGCUGGGUCCUCAUGUUAGAUGAGAUAACCACGUCUUCGUCUUCCUGGUGAGUUCUUUCACAAGUGACCUGGUUACACAGUGUGCCUUUUCCCUUGUAGUCCACUGCCCCCAGCUGCCUGGAGUCCUGUUGGGGUGAGCAUUUGAAAUGAGCAAAAAAGACUUGCUCAGUUUCAUUGAAUUAUGAAGUAUUGUGAUAGGAUUUUUCUAUGGAAGACUUAUUACUGAUCUGUUUGUGGGAUUUUUAAUGUUUUUAAAAGACUCUUAGAAAACAGGCUUUAGAGAAUUCAGACACUUUAUUUUUUUAUUUUCUGUCAUGCACUCCAGCACUUCUAGUUGAUGAUGCAGUAAACGAAAGCAGGAGAAAACAAAUGAGAACCUGAUUAUUUUGGCUGCACUGUACAAGCUAAGUGAAGUCAGUGCAAUAAUGCUAUGACUUAUAAACAAAAACUUAACUUUUGAAAACCUUAUUUAGAAUUUUAAUGACCAGGUUUUCUAUUUUUGCUUUUCCCUCCUUUCUAAAAAUGCUGAAUGCCUAUAACCCCAGCUAAGUCAACUAAAACCCUAAUUACUCAAUAUCUUUGGAAGUUAGGCCAUUAUUUAUGGGUUAAUAUAUGUAUUUUAAGACUAAAAAGAUACUGAUAUGGCACAGCUUAGGAAUGGCUAUGACAUCAGAAGAAAACUUGAGGUAAAAGUUCAGAGUUGUUUUUCAAACUUGACUUAUUUUUUUGGGGCGGUGGCAAGGGAUCCUAGAAAUAUCUCAGAAAUGAAGAGUGAUGGUCGCAAACCCAAGCACCAGUCCAGGCCCUGAUAGGUCAGGGGUGUAUCCACUACAUAGGCUGCAUACAGCACAGCAGCGAGCUGUAUCCAAAGCGAUGCAGUGUGGGAUGAUAGUGCCUCACGUGUACCAGACAUGCUUCCCUCACACUGUCACCAGACUGCCACCACUGUGUGUCGGUAGCUUUAACUUCUGGGCUAAGGGGUUCUGACCGUGCUGGCAUGGUCUGUUCACCUGCCUGGCACCAGAUGCCAUAUAGAGCAACCCUUUGUAACAGAACUAACAUCUAAGCACAAACGUUGGCAUAUACCAAAUGGAUUUGCCUUCAUGCUCUUUCUUAGAAGAGUGGUCACGAGGUGAGGAAACUUUGCAACUCUACAGAGCUAUGAUCCCUCCACUGAAACCUGUUAUCAUGUAGCACUUAGUCGUUUGCUUUUAGCACUUACUCCUUUCCUGUGCUUUUUCUUGUCUUUUUCUGCACCAAAGAAAUUGUGUGUGUGUAAAUAUAGAAAUGGUGAUUUAUUCAAAGUCCUUUUAUAACUAGAGUACUAAGAUAUUUUUAAUGAAACCUUAUUGUCUAAUGUGGGGAAGAAGGGGUUCUGUUAUGUCACAUAGUCGUAGAGUGAUAAUCAUGUUUAAAUGGCUGUAAAUGCAAUAGCUGGUUUGCCCACAAACGGGCAUUCUGUGCUGUCCUGGGAGCCCAGCUGGGGUUGCCCCUCUGUACCAUCUGUUACUUUCUCAUGGGGCUUGAUCCCACAGGAUUUAUAAAGAGGCAUGCAGUCCCGUGAGGCCAGGACAUGGGUUCCAUACAGCCAUGCUGCCAAACUGCUCUCCCGUGCUCCAGUUUCCCUGAAGGUCACUGGUUAGUUUAUUUUAGGUCUUCCCUCCAGGGAAGGCUGUAGAAAAGAGCUCCCUGCAGCAGCACACCUCCAGCUGCUGCAGAGCUGAGAGCUGCCUGCCCUGUGCUGUGUAGCUUGUUUGGUACCUGUGCAGUGCUCCUGAUGGCUGUGAAAAAAACCUAUGGAAAGGAGUGUCUCCUACCCAGCAUUUGUCACUGCCAUUGUGCUAAGGGGACUUAGGAGGGAGCCCCUUGCCCACAGCGAGUAACUAAUAGGAUGCACCUCAGGUGUAGGGUCAGGUUUCAUUGCUAGGGUUUUCUUGUGUACGUGGGGGUUUUAAUGAGGCGACCUGAAAGCAGGUCCUUGAAACUAAAGCCAAGUAGAUUGUUCUGAAGGAAUCUUUGCUUUCAGACCCUGUCUUCAAGUAGUUUCCUAGAGCUGUUCCUCUGCACACAGACCUGGCUGCAUGCCCCAAAGGGGAGUAGUGAAGUCCCUUGCACUGAGAAACCCUCAAAGGACAGAGUAGCAGGUUGGGCAGUGCUGUUGUGGGCUGUGCAGUAGCUGCUUAUUCACCCUGACUUUUGAGGAGUGUUACGUGAGAGGCGAAGCUUAGACUUUUGGAACUGUUCUAACGGGAGCAGCAGGAGAAGCAGUUGUGCUUCUGACGCAGCUGAACUUUUCUUUGUAACUCCCCUGCCAAGAUGCAGUGGAUGCUGUGGCCAGAUUUUCCUUUGAAACCAUGGCCUGAGGUCUAAGACUGACAGAAAAGGACUCGUAGUUCUGGUUCAGUCCUGAAGGUCUUUGCUAAUUGAACCCAGCUUUGCUGUGUGUGGAGGACAGUAGGGAAGGGUGGUCUUCCACGGCAUUUUACGAAGGCCCCAGAUAUAAAGCCUGUGUUCACUGCCUUGUCAUUUCUACUGCAAAACCAGCUGGGUGAUGCUGCCAGAAAAGAGCUCAGAAGUAGAUGCUUGCAACUAGUGCUUUGUGUGCUUACUCCCCAAAGCGGUAACUCCAAGUCCAGCUUGCCUUUUCUCAUCCUAAACCCCAAACUUGCAUUUAUGUUCCAUUGCUCCCUCCUCUGAGAUCACAGGAGCUGUCUUGAGUGUGGGGUUAAAUCUCAACAUGUUUCAUGUUUGUGCAAUUUGAAGUGUCUCAUAUUUCUACACCUAAAUAUUUCCCUAAGCAUCUAUUCAAGUCCGUACAUUAAAAAUGUAAAUAAAGCUGCAACAACAAAAUUA